UGAUUAUAUACUGCACACACGAACGGACUGCGAUAUAUUCCUCGGCCUAAGUAAAUAGUCACAAAUGAUAUCAACUUUUCUGAGUUUUAAAAUAAUUUGGCCCGACUUUUGACGUUGCAUGUACUGAGUGACAGUGGAAGGCAUCAUCAGUUAGUUGCUGGAAAAUUAAAUUCAAGUCAAAGCCAAAGCCAAGGAAAGGAUCAGGCAGAGAAGAGAAUGAAGUUGGUAUCAGUGUUGUACCUUUUCUUGAGUGCAAGCCUAGCUAUUACCCAAUCAGGAUGCACUGCCAAGAUCAAGGAGAAGUAUUACCCAAACAUAUCCAAGAAUGUGAUUGCAUCCGUGACCUAUGACCCUUCCCAGGAGACCUUUGAACUUGUGGAAGGCAGGAUCGAAAAUGCAGUGGCAUGGGCAAACUUUACAGAUGCUAUUAAUCAGACAGGAUGGUCUCAUCUGACAGUGACAACCAAUGGGUCUUAUACUGAUUCCAUUCAAGCCUAUGCUGCUGGUUUAGCUGAGGGUCAUGUUUCUGCAACAUUCAUCUUUAUGAAUUGGAUGAAUACAAUCAAUACAUUCUGUCAAGAUGAAACAGAGUACUGUCAGAAACUCAAAACCUUCCUUACUACAAACCUUGAAUGGAUGCAGCAGCAGAUCAAACUCAAGUCUCAGGAUCCAUAUUUUCAUCAGUUGAAUCUUCUAUUGCUACAGAUAUCAGGAUUAGAGGAUGGCUAUUUAGGAUUACCAGCUAAUCCUCAGAUAGACCUAGAUCCAUUUGGAUUUCUUCUCUUCCAAACCGGUGGUGACUUGGAAGAUCUAGAGAGUGCCCUUAGCAAAUCCAGGAAGCAAAGAAUGCCUGGAGAUGGCCAUUGCUCUGCACUUAUUAAACUGUUGCCUGGUAACAUGGAUCUGUUUGCAUCACAUGACACAUGGAAUGGAUACCAAGGCAUGCUCAGGACCAUCAAAAAAUACAACUUUGCUUUUCAUCUCACAGAAACAUCUGAUGAAGUUAUCCCCGGUCAAACAGCAGCCUUCUCAUCUGCCCCUGGUAUGGUUUUAUCUGGAGAUGAUUUCUACAUUACCAACUCUGGCCUGGUGACCAUAGAGACAACCAUUGGCAAUUCUAACAAUGAUCUGUGGAAGUAUGUGCAGCCUACUGGUCAGAUUUUAGAAUGGGCAAGGAAUAUCAUCGCCAACCGAUUGGCAAAGAAUGCAUCACACUGGGCGGACAUCUUUACAAGAUACAACAGUGGCACGUACAACAAUCAAUGGAUGAUUGUUGAUUAUAACAGGUUUACUCCAGGUCAGACUCCAUCAGAUGGACUUCUUGUAGUAUUAGAACAAAUCCCUGGAACAAUACAUGCAGAAGACAUGACAUAUUACUUGAGAGAGCAUUCCUAUUGGCCAUCCUAUAACACACCAUUUUUUAAAGACAUCUACGACAAGAGUGGCUGGCCUGCCAAUAAGCGCAGGUAUGGUAAUUGGUUUUCAUACAAUAAGACAGCCAGAGCAAACAUCUUCAGAAGAAAUGAGACGGAUGUGACUGAUCUGAAAUCUAUGAUAAAACUCAUGAGGUAUAAUAACUUUGAGCAUGAUCCCCUGUCUGCUUGUGAUUGCAACCCACCAUACAGUGCAGAGAAUGCUAUAGCUGCAAGAUCUGAUCUGAAUCCAGUCAAAGGUCACUAUCCAUUCUCAGCUCUUGGUCAUCGAUUACAUGGAGCUACAGACAUGAAGGUAACUACAAGUUCAAUGAUGAAGAGUCUUUCAAUGAUUGCUGUUUGUGGACCAACCCAUGAUCAACAACCUCCUUUCCAGUGGAGCAAGUCUGAUUUCAACCAAACUCUUCACCUAGGUCAUCCUGACUUGUUUGAUUUUAAACCCAUUGAGGUGGUAUGGUCUGAUUAGAAGGUAGACGAGGGAAGACAUUGGUCAUUCGGAUGUUUGAUACAAUAGACAUAAAAGAAUUAAAGAGAAUAUAUAUAGAUAGAGGAUUACAAGAUGCUUACAAUGGGCUUAACCCAUUCAUUUUCACAUCACAGUUUAUGGUAGCAAUAAGAAAGGUAGGAGAGGAAGAGAGUGCAAGAGUGUGUGCAAGAGAGAGAGAGAGGGAAGAGGGGGGGAUGUGUGCUAGGAGAAAGGUGGGAGAGAACUUUCAGUGUUGUCCAGUCUUGACGAAUUCAAGUGUUACAGCAUGAAUGCAACAUAUUAACUGAUUUGUAAUAAAAAUAGGAACUGUUACCAAAGAACUUGUAGAGUUCACUUUUAACUGGAAAUCUAUAAUUUGUGAUUCUACAGAAUAUUUGCAAUUGUAUAAAAAGAGUAGGUAAUAAAAUGAGUAUUGACACAAAGAUUUGAAUUUUGAGGCUGUAAGGAAUAAUCCAAAAUAGAAAGAGGUAAAGGAUUAAAAAAUGCACAUGUAGAUUUGAGAGUAUUUUUAUUUCAAUUGAGCACUGUGGAAAGUUGUUGUUUAAAGGAGAAAAAUUAAAAGAAAUCAAAUUUGUACUUGAUUCUAAUUUUAAGAUUCUAAUUUUAAUUGUCACUGAUGUAGAUGACAUCAAAAUAUUUAUCAUGUGCAUAUCAAAAAAAGUUUACACUUGGAAAUAAUCCUGUAAAAUAAUAUAUUUGUAAUAUCCUGAAUAUUUUUCCACGAUGUAACUGUCAAAAUAUCUUUCCCCUUGAGUGGCCACCACUUGCUUUUGAAAAGUUCGUGAAAAUGAUUUGCGCAGAACUUGUAGUUAUAUGAAUAAAAGUAGCGAGGCAGAUUGAUUUGAAGAUAUUGUUUACCUUUUUAACUUGUUUCCUGCCCAAGACACUUCAAAGAGCGCCAUUGCCCCCCCCCCAAAAAAAAAAAACACACACACCAAGGCUAUCGUGAUAUCUGCUUUACACAUAGCUGUGAUUCACAUGAAGCGGCUUAGGCUUGAUUUUCCUUCAUUGUCAAGCUUGGGAAAAGUGUGGAGAAACAAGUUUUAAAUGAAGUAUGAAAUAUAAACCCACUUUUUAAGAUAAAUUAUUGCUGGAGAUUUAUGAAAUAAACUUUUUUCAUUCAGUUAUGUCCUCAGAUCCAGCUAGCGCAAAAGUGAAGGUUGAUCUUACUGGUACCUCGGUUUAAAAUGUUAAUUUGGGUGGCAAAGUUGUUACAAAAUAUUUAUAUGUAUCUGGUUUAAUUGGCUGAAAUGUAAAAGAAGAGUGUGAGAAAUGUAUCACAGUCAGUUUGUUUUUGCCUUUUUAUCCUUGACUCAGCGUGAAAAUGAGCAUUUCUGCACAAAAUGAUUUCUG